GAGUUAUUCUGCGCAUAAUAAAGGAGUUAUUCUGGCUGAACAAUACGAAGGACACUUGAAUGGUCAGAAAUUUGCAGAUUUUGUCCAAGAACAAUUUCCGACUCUCUUUGAAAACAGCUGCAACAAGAAAGGCAAGCUCUUUUUGCAAGAUGGCGAUCCUAGCCAAAACAGCCGAAAAGCUAAACUAGCAAUGUCUGCUGUUGGCCCAGACUUGAAUCCCGUUGAAAAC